AUGCCCCAGAUAAACCUGGAGGGUUUGAAGGUUUCCGGGUUCAUCCUCUCGUGGUCGAUUCUGGAGAACGUGAUUCUGGGCACAUCAGCCAAAAGUCCAUUUCCCCGUGCUAUGCCAUGCGAGAUCUCUGGAGAAGAGAUAGCGAUUGUGCUACAGCUGCUGGUUGGACGUGCCACGCAGGGAGCCCAGAGCACACAGCAGCUUGGGCGACCAUUUCCGGACUGCUGGUAUUUGGGCUCCGCUCACAACUGCUCCUUCCGCCAUGUGCUGGCAUCUAUGGCAUAUUAUUGA